AUGCAAUCCCCCUUCAGUUACUCAGACUCUUCCUCCUCCUCCUACUCCUCUUCCCCAGGCGGCAUGGACUUUUUCUUCUACGGGGCCCCACAACCCAUCUAUGAACCCGCCCUGUGUGAUCUUGAUACCACGGCCAGUCCCUUUGCCGUCUCCGAAGUCACCCCCGACGCCGCAUACUCUUUUACCUCCUCACCGUACAUCGUGCCCAGUUCCGCAAGCAGUACCUGUGGUAGUACCUGCGGUAGCUCCAGAUGGACCAAUACCAUGGCCGAGGAGGUGUCCAUGCCCAACUAUCCACUCACCUCGGACGACUCGGGCCCAGACUCGCCCUCUACUCAAUCCAAACCAGCAAAGCCCUUUGGCUGUGACCACUGCGGCAAGUCCUUCACCCGCUUCGCAGACCUCAAGCGCCACCAGACCAGCGUGCACUACCCCGUCUUCCGCAAUUGCCCCGUCGAGCACUGCUCCCGCAAGGGCAACAAUGGUUUCCCCCGCCAGGACCAUCUGGUCGAGCACCUGCGCUCGUAUCACCACCUCGAUGUGCCGAAGCGACGAGCCCUGAAGCGUUCUGCCAAGGAUGCUGCGCUCUAA